AGACUCCACAGCUCCAUCAUCACCGUUCAGUUCCCAAACAAACUUUACCAACUCACACACACACUCCAAUCUGAAACUUUUCCUCCAGCACCCUCCAUCGAAAACUCGCGUCGCCAGCCAGAAAAGCAGAAAUGUCCCCUCCGUCCGCACGGCUUCAAACCAAGCCCGUGAUAACGUGUCUGAAGACGUUUCUGAUCUCGUACAGUCUGAUUUUCUGGUUCACAGGAGUGAUCUUGUUGGCUGUUGGAGUAUGGGGAAAGGUUAAUUUGGAGUUUGACCUCCUCCUGACUGCAGACAAGGGCACCAAUGCACCAUAUGUGCUCAUUGGGACCGGAGCCACCAUCAUCAUCUUCGGGUUGUUCGGUUGCUUUGCUACCUGUCGUGGAAGUCCAUGGAUGCUGAAGCUGUAUGCUAUGUUCCUGAUCCUUGUGUUCUUAGCUGAACUAGUAGCAGGUAUAUCCGGCUUUAUUUUCAGACAUGAGAUAAAAGCAGUGCUUCAAGGUGUCUAUAAUAAAGCUGAAUCAGUCUACAGUGGUAAGGGCAACGAAGAUCUGGACAGAAUCCAGAGAACACUGCAGUGCUGUGGAGAGAAGAACUACACCAGCUGGGAAAACACAGAUUACUUCAAAAAAGAGGGCAUUCCCAAAAGCUGCUGCAACAUGACUGCUGGUGGAAACUGCACUUCUGCAGAACUUAAAGAUCUUAACACCGCUGCAUCAGUGGUAUAUCAACGGGGCUGUUUCUCCCUGAUGACUACAACAUUGGAGGCCAAUCUUGGAAUAAUUGCUGGAAUUUCUUUUGGAAUUGCGUUCUUCCAGCUCAUUGGGAUCUUCCUGGCAUGUUGUCUGUCUCGCUAUAUUACUAACAACCAAUAUGAGAUGGUGUAGUGAUCCACAGGGUAUCAACUGGAGAUCACAGAGAAAUGAAGCUGACAAAAAGGGAAACCAUUUAGUUUCAGUGUUUUGUUUGUGCCUUAGCUAAACCUUUAAUUUUAGAGAAUUUCUGACUGCUUUUUAAAGAAUAUUUCUUGUUCGUAAGUACAUUGAAGGGAAGGAACCGAUUUGCAUUUGUUUAGCCAGAGUGUAAAUAUAACAGCGAUUAGAUAUACAGAAGUUUGUAGAAAGUACGUUUCAGCCAGUGUUAAACUAAGAAGCAGUUAUUCAGUAAAUAGUUUACUGCACACCUUUACGUUUGUUUCAUUGGAAUUAACACAUGCUAAAACGUUGCAUCUAGAAAAAAAAACAAAAAAAUGUACAAUUUCUUGCAUGCAACUAAAGUUCAACAUUUGCCAAAAAUUAUAUUUUUGAGUUCUGUUUGUGUCACCAGCCGUUCAUUUUCAAGAACUAGUUUUAAUACAUGUAUGUUCAUUGCAAUUUGGAUUGCUUCUGUGAAAAUGAUGUGUUUAUUUGCCAUUU